GGCGUAUCCGGACAGUCAUCAUCAUGGCGACGCCACCGACAGCGACGCAGCCGACGCUCAAGGUGAUGCGGCUGUACAAGCCCCGCCUGAGCAUCGAGAAGUCGUACCGCCGGGAAUUCGCGCUAUCCAACAUGCUUCUUCUCCCUGACAGCUUUGGGUUGGCCUUGGCUGCCCGUGUCGAACUCACAACCUGUGUCUAGCAACAUCUACCUCGGCGAAACCUUCAGCAGCUACAUCAGCGUCAUCAACCAAUUCGCGUGCGACUUGAAUCAAGUUGGACUGACCGCGAAGCUACAGACCCCCACAACCCGAAGCGACCUCACCGACAAGCGUGAGCUUCGCGGAGGUACGACACCGCCAGUAAACCCCGCGGCCGUGCUAUCCGCCGGGUCCAACUUGGACAUGGCGGUCGAGUUCGAACUGAGCGAAGUCGGCGUCCACACGUUGCGCGUGGGGGUAUCGUACCUGGACCCACUGACGAACGAGCCCAAGUCGCUUCGCAAGUUUUACCGCUUCCAAGUCCUGAAUCCGCUCACGAUCACAUUCAAGCACGUGUUGAUCCAAGACAUUUCGUUUGUCGAAGCCAAGAUCCAAAACAUCACGCAGAUACCCCUGCAUGCAGAUACGAUUGUGUUCGUGCCGUCGCCGCCGUUCGAAGCGCAGCAGUUGACGGCACCUGACAACGACAACGCAAACAAUUUAAUUUUCCCCGACGAUUCCAUCCAGUGCAUCUUUAAAGUCACUGCCGAGCACUUGGAUUUGUCCCUUGGCACGUUGAAUCUUGGGCGGUUGGAAGUCAACUGGAAAUCCGCCAUGGGCGAGUCCGGUCGGUUGCAAACCCAGCCUGUGAUGCGCAAGGUGGGUAGUGUAAAAGAAGCAACGGUGACCGUCCUCUUGCCGACGCCAGUGGUCGCCCAAGUGGGCCAGCCAUUCGUGGCGAGCGUUCUCAUCCAGAACAACGGCACUCGAGCGAUGAAUUUGCAGUUGCAGCUGCGUCGGGACUUGAUGCUCGGCAUUCUCUGCAGUUCUGUAUCCCAUCUGAAUGUCGGGAUAGUGCAAGGCAAGUCGAGCGUGCAUGUGAGCGUGGAAUUGCUGCCGCUGAUCGCCGGCCUCCAGCAAAUCCGGGGCGUGCUGGCCGUAGACAUGGACUCACAAGUCGAGUUUGCCAUGGAAAAACCAGUUUACGUGUUGGUUAAGUGACACAACAUGACGCGCUUUUAUGCGACUGGGG